AUGGAAGUUCUUGAUGUCGAUACCUUGGUCUGUGGCGGGGGCAUGUCUGGUAUGGCGUGUGCUGCAUUUGCCGCAGAAGCUGGGGCCAAAACGCUAGUGAUAGAGAAGCAAGGGGGGAUUGGCGGAUCUUCGAGUCUUUCUGCAGGCAUGUUCUGGGCACCACACACAUAUGACAAGCUGAGGUCGUGGGUGCCAAAUGGGGAUCCUGAAUUACAGCGUGCAUGGUUAGAUGAGUAUCUACCAGCAGUACAGUGGAUGCGCGAAAAUGGUAUACCUACUGCGAAGCGAUUUGAUGGCAUUAUGACCAUUGGAAUUGGAUUUCCAAUCCAAAUGUCGUUUCUCCAUAAGUCUCACCAACAACGUAUAGCUGCAAGCGAUAACGGUUCCCGCAUCUUGACGAACACAUCGAUUGUCAAGCUUACUCAAGAUGACCCCGGGGUACCGGGGUCUCGCAUCAAUGGCGCAAUCAUUUGCGAGCACAAUCCCGGGGGCUCCGUCAUUUAUUAUCAAGUGAAGGCUAAGCUAGUUGUUUUGGCUACUGGUGGCUUCCAGGGGUCCCCCAGCAUGACAGCCAAGUAUCUCGGCCAUGGGGGUGACAAUAUUUUCGUGCGUUCCAACCGGGGCUCUGUCGGUGAUGGCCUAAGCUUGGCUAUUGCAGCUGGAGCUGGAACAAGCAAAGGGCUCAAUACUUUCUAUGGCCAUUUACUGGCAGCCCCUCUCCGAGCCGAGGAUGCCAGCCCACACGAUUAUUUGCCUUUGGCUCAGUAUCAAAGCAAAUACUGCAUACUUCUAAACGAAGCCGGUCGCCGUUUUACUGACGAGACAAUGGGUGAUGAAAUAGUGAACCAGUACUUGGCCAAGCAGGAAAAGCGCCGUGGGUUUCUGCUAUUCAAUGAGAUAACACGCCGUCAGCACUGCAUGGGCGCACUUUUCCCUAAUGCAGGUGAUGUUGAUCGAUUGCAGAAAGCCCGUGACUACGGCUGUAACGUGGGAAAGGCAUCCACACUAGGCGAACUCUUUGAGAUCCUUCGUACUUGGGGAGUAGACCACGUUCAAGCAGCAGAUACAGUUGAGAAAUACGAUCAAGUCGUCCGUCAUGGCCAAAGGAAUCUCGGCCUCGAUGCCCCAGUUGGUCGUGCGGGGGCUCCUCCGAGUCCAUUGGUUGAUGGCGAAGGUCCAUUCUACGCCAUGGAGGUCCAACCAUCUAUAACCUUCACCUACGGGGGCAUUUCAAUUGAUACCCAAGGGCGUGCGUUGACUCGCGAUAAGACCAUUAUACCGGGAUUACUCGUGGCUGGAGUUGACGCAGGAGGGUUCAGCAACUUGGGCUAUACUGGAGGCCUUGCACUUGCCUUUGUGACUGGUCUGUGGGCGGCCCGAUCAGUUGCACGAGAGCUGGGGCUGGUGGAGCCAUGUCUGCCAGCUGCUGAUGCAAGAGACUCUCGGCCUCUUCAGAGCCGUCUAUAG